GUGUUGCUGUAGAAACAAAUGAAGCUUCCCGGUCAGUGCUUGUGGCAACAAGAGAGCACGAAAAUAGAUUUCAACUUGAUCGUGUCUGGUUUCAUUCGAAGAAUAAUGUAGCUCGUCAAUUUUGGUAUAUGGUUUUAUACUUCAGAUCUGGGAGCGAAAGAUUACUGUAAUAAACUCGCGAUGAGUCUCGCUAGAAAGGACACAGACGCCGGGCUAAGGGCACUGGUCGCGAGCACAAACAUUAAGCCGGAGCAGAAGGUUCCACAAGUUCUCUCAAAAUUACAAGAUAUUCUGAAUAGGAUAUCUGUCCAAGACGAUAGAGAGUUGGGUGCGUUCAAAAAGUCCUUGUUCAGCCAUGGCAUACUUCAAUACUGCGCAGGUGACGCCCUCAAACUGAACUAUGCCAAAGUUGAAGGAGGCUACGCAACUGCCACUCAGUUGGCAGAAAUUCUCAGCUCCUGCUGUGUGGGUGUGGACAUGGGCGGAGACACUGAGGCCUUCCAUAGGCGGCUGCUCCCAUCCGUCACAGACAGCCUGCUGUCAUUGGCCAGUCGGCUGAUGAACAGAGCUUUGGCAGGGAAUGGGCAGCCUGAAAUGUUUCGUUUCUUCAAGAAAGUGAUGGGCUCUGUGUGUUGGCUUCUGAAAGCCCAUGGUCACCUGGCCGCACAAGGUGAGAUCUAAAGUCCAAUACCAAACAGACCCCUUACCUAACUAACGAUGCCCCCCCCUCUUUUCUCUCUCUUAGUCCUGCAGUCAGACCACUAUGAGAGGAUGUUAAUGAGU